AUUGUAUAUACCGUGCGCGCUACGCAUGCGCGGAAAUAAUUUACGUCAUACUGCUGCGUGUGUGGAGUAUGUCUCGUUUGGGAGUGCUGCUGUGGAGGGAUCUGAGGGCUGCAGGCGGGCUCAGCCGCCGUCUCCACGACUCAGUCGGUCGCACAGCACCGCCUGCACUACCUCUGGAGCGUAGUGAGGUUCCGGAGUCCUCUAACUAUGGAAUUAGACCUCUGUACAUGGACGUUCAGGCCACCACUCGAUUGGACCCGAGAGUUCUGGACGCCAUGCUGCCAUACCUGACCUCUCUCUACGGCAACCCUCACUCCAGAACACACGCCUACGGCUGGGAGACUGAGGAGGCAGUGGAGGCAGCAAGGAAGCAAGUGGCAGAUCUGAUUGGGGCGGACUCUAGGGAAAUUGUCUUUACUAGUGGAGCCACUGAAUCCAAUAAUAUGGCAAUCAAGGGUGUGGCUAGAUUCUACAAGGCCAAGAAAUCUCACGUCAUUACUACACAGAUUGUGAGUGUAGAGAGAGAGAGAAAUGGGUGGCCUGAAAUACUCUGGGUUUCUCUCAGGAACACAAGUGUGUGUUGGACUCAUGCAGAGCUCUGGAAAGUGAAGGAAUGGACAUCACGUACCUCCCAGUUGGCAAGAACGGGAUCAUCAAUCUUGAGGAAUUGGAGUCAGCUAUGAGACCAGAGACAUCUCUGGUGUCAGUGAUGACUGUCAAUAAUGAGAUUGGAGUUCGACAGCCCGUCGAGGAGAUCGGUCAGAUGUGUCGCUCCAGAAAAAUCUUCUUUCACACUGAUGCUGCUCAGGCUGUGGGGAAGGUUCCAGUGGAUGUGAAUGCGAUGACAGUGGACCUGAUGUCUAUCAGUGGCCACAAGUUUUAUGGACCAAAGGGAAUUGGGGCUCUGUAUGUUAGGAGAAGACCUCGCGUCAGACUGGAACCCAUCAUGAGUGGAGGGGGACAAGAGAGGGGGAUGAGAAGUGGAACUCUGCCGGCACCUCUGCUAGUUGGACUGGGAGCUGCCUGUGAGUUGGCUGGCAGAGAAAUGGAGUAUGACCACGCCCAUGUGAGUGCCAUGUCGGAGAGACUGGUGAAAGGACUCACCUCAAGACUAGACCACGUUGUCCGCAACGGAGACGAACGUCAGACAUACCCAGGUUGUGUCAACCUUUCGUUUGCAUAUGUUGAGGGAGAGAGUCUUCUCAUGGCAAUGAAAGAUGUGGCCCUCUCUUCUGGCAGUGCCUGUACGUCAGCAUCCCUGGAGCCGUCCUAUGUCCUGAGGGCAGUGGGUGCAGACGAAGACCUCGCCCACUCCUCCAUCAGGUUUGGUAUCGGGAGGUUCACCACAGAGGAGGAGGUGGAUUUCACAAUGGACCGCUGCGUUGCCAGCGUCAACCAUCUCAGGGAGAUGAGUCCACUGUAUGAGAUGGUGAAGGAAGGAAUUGACAUCAAGUCUAUUCAAUGGAGCCAACAUUGAACACAGCACAACUCCUGUACAAUACAGCUCAUGCUGGAUGACAUGUGCCUGUUGUUAAAAAUUUUGUUUUUGUUUUUGUUGAGAUGUGCAAGUCGUGUACUAUUUUGCAAUUUUCAUCAUCAACAGAAGAGGGUUUGCACUUUAAUUCAAUGGUGUGGUGUGUGAUACGGUGAAUCAACUAGAUAUUAAUGUUGGAGUGUGUUUGACUGCCGUGACUUGCGAGCCUUGAUCUUUCUGCGAAGCAUCUUGUUUCUACUGAAGAUCUCCUGGAAAGACAGUGAUCUGUCGUCCAGCACUCUCCUGAUCUCCUGCCCCAGAUCUCUGUCCUUCUCCUCCAUGUAGGAUAGUACUUGACCCUCCUUGCCGGCACGGGCAGUCCGUCCAGCUCUGUGGAGGUAGUGGGCGGAGUUUUCAGGGAAGUCAAACUGAACGACGGCUGUAAUAUCUGGGAGAUCAAUUCCGCGAGACACCAGAUCUGUGGCUACGAGAACCCUCACUUCUCCCUCCCUCACUCCCCUCAC